CUAGUCGUUCAUGUAUGCCCUCUGGUGCCCUAACAUGAAGCAAGAGUCCUGCUCUUUCUCGAAAAAAUAAUGAUAAAUCUGCUGAAUCAUAUACCUCACGGGCCUGUUUGGUCAAUUGCAAGAUGCGCGAAGCUCAAUGGUUGGAAGAGCUGCACACAGAGAUCGUUCUCCAGCGCUCUUCUGUCCUCAGAAAGCUUGCCGUUGGCGGGGCUGCGGGUAUUGGACAUGACAAGAGUUUUAGCUGGUCCCUACUGCACACAAAUCCUUGGAGAUCUGGGUGCUGAGGUGAUCAAAAUUGAGCACCCCAUUCGUGGAGACGAUACGAGGGCUUGGGGACCGCCAUAUGCCGAGCAUAUAAGAGGCGAUGCAGUUGAAGGGCCGGGGGAGAGUGCAUAUUUCCUUUCGGUGAAUCGGAAUAAAAAGUCUUUAGGGCUCUCCUUUGCCCAUCCUUCAGGAGUAGAUAUUCUGCACCAGCUUGCGAAAGAGUGCGAUGUGCUAGUCGAGAAUUAUCUCCCCGGGACAUUGAAGAAAUAUGGGAUGGACUAUGAGACAUUGCACAAGAUAAACCCGAGCCUAACCUAUGCCAGUAUCACCGGAUAUGGACAAACGGGCCCAUAUAGGAUGAGAGCGGGCUACGAUGUCAUGGUGGAAGCUGAAAUGGGAUUAAUGCACAUUACGGGGUCUAGAGAUGGGCCACCUGUAAAGGUUGGCGUUGCUGUUACCGAUCUGACCACUGGUUUAUACACUUCAAACUCCAUUUUGGCAGCACUGUUAGGCCGGAUCAGGACCGGAAAGGGCCAGCAUAUUGAUGUUGCUCUAAGUGACUGCCAGGUAGCGACAUUGUCAAAUCUUGCAAGCUCAGCAUUGAUUAGUGGGAAAAAGGAUUCUGGGAGAUGGGGAACGGCGCACCCGUCUAUUGUCCCUUAUCGAGCAUUCAAAACUGCGGACGGUGAUAUCCUUUUGGGCGGAGGCAACGAUAAGCUUUAUGGCAUUUUGUGCGAUAAGAUUAAACGACCCGAAUGGAAAGCAGAUGAGCGUUUUACCACGAACGCUAUGCGGGUGAAGAACCGGGAUAUGUUGGAGCAGAUGAUUGAAGUAGAAACUAAAAAGAAAACUACAGCCGAAUGGCUCAACAUCUUAGAGGGCAGCGGCAUGCCAUACGCGGCUAUAAAUGACAUACAAGGUACUCUUAACCACGAUCAUGUCCUGGCUCGGAAUAUGGUUGUUGAAGUGGAACAUCCCACAUGUGGACCGAUGAAGCUUGUCAAUACGCCAGUCAAAUUUUCUGAUUCCGACCCAUCGAUACGAUCGCCACCGCCAACACUUGGUCAGCAUACGGAUGAGAUUUUGCGGGAUGUGAUCGGCAUGAGCGAAAGUGAUAUUCACGACCUCCGAGAAGAGGGUGUCGUUGCAUGAGUUGAUCUGAGGACUGCAUUUGGGGAUGAAUUUCCUGAUUCGUGCGAUACUCCACUUUAAAAGAGUUAUGUGAAACGCCAAUACAUCAGGACGAAUUAUGACUAGACAAAAAUUGGGAUUUCAAUGGACAUUUUCAUGCCGAAUAAAAAAUCGACCCAUGUUUGCCUGGGAAGAUAGAGUUGUCUAAUAUUGCAGAGGCCACAGUCAUCCUAUAUAAGUUUUACACUAUACAGAGAGUACGACUUCCGUGAAUGGACAUUGCAACCAUUCAUCAUGCUCAUUACUCGCUGCAAUUAUUAUGCUAUCAACCCAGAAAAAUAUCUCGAAUUCAUCUCUCGUGAAUUUCUCGAUUCACGCU